UGUUUUUUUGGGGGGCUGGGGUGGCAGCAUGAACCAGUGGCAGCAUCUCCACACCUUGAGCCAUUGGUUGCGACGCUACCGCGAGGUCGCUUCAGUGGCAGGCCUGUUGUACGCUCUAUGGCAGCGGCGGCAAUGGAUGCGAACAAGGGCAAGGGCUGCCGCAGCUGUACGGGCAGGGCGGUUCAUGGAGCAGUGCACCUUCCUUUUAGUGAACGUAGAGGGCAUGAUGAAGGACGCUAAUCCUGCUAGCACUGUCUCAGUGCAGACGCUCUUUAGCCGGACCUUGAAGUCUUUGAUGUUCGACAACGAGAAGAUGGUGGAGCUGGUGAGCCAAGCAGCCGAGCGAGCGACGCCCGUGGCGCCACUGCUGGAGCUGGGCUCAGACGCCUGGCUUGUCAUGGCCAACCUUAACGCACACCUCAUGGAGGCCUGCUGCUCCCGAGGGCAUGUAGCUGCUGCCUGUGGGACGCCGGUGCACGUGGUGGAGUUUAUUUAUGGCUUGGUCAAUGACCGCACCACUAACUCUCGGCAGCAGCUGCGGGUCUAUGUGAUUCGGGAGCGGGACUUGAGGAACCUGCCGGAGGCCAAAGACUUGGACUUGAGGCGGUGCUCCUUCAAAAGUGCCUAUUCGGUGCUGCGAAUCAUGGCCUUCUCCUACCAGGCACCGGCUCUCUACCACAAUGUGCUGAGUAUGACCUCGGGCCUUCCCAGUGGCAUGGGCAGGACCUGGCUGACAUUCCCCGCGGGGAUACUUUGUGCACUAUGAGACACAGGGUUACACUCACGCAGUGGACGGUGAUGGGUUUUUCUGGGCCAAAAAUCCGAGUUUUUGUUGCAGGUCAAACUUCGUUCGAUGAUGAGGAAAUCUUGGAUCUGCAUCUGUAGGAGGGCCUAACUGAUGAACGGAAGGCCCUCAAUUCCGCCGAUGGCGGCUUUGAACUUUGAUUUCAAGGUCUGUUCGUUGCGUAGUUGCAACCUGAGCCAGAGCCUUGCAAAUCGGGGAGCCUGAGAAG